ACAUGAAAAUCCGCUUAAUUAAUUGUACGCAAGGCAGCCAUUAACGAGCAAAUGAAAAGGAAAAUUAAAAAAAAAAUUCUCAGUUAAGAAAGGGGGUAAAAAACAAGGUGUUAAGUUAUUAAAUAUUAAUAAAUUCCGUAAAUUGUAACUAAAUAUAAUUCUCCAAGGUGUUAAAAAGCUAUAGAAAAUAAAAUAGUGACAAAUAUUUAUAAUUAUUGUAUUACAAAAAAAAAAUUUUUCAAAUUCUUUUUACUACGUUGUGCCACGUAGCUAUACAUGUUUACUUGUUUUAAUCUUACAUCGCUCAUGAAAGUAACAAAACGUUAUCACGAAACCCGUAGCUGAAUUUAUUUAUUCAAUUUUAAAUGACGAAUAUGAGCAAUCCAUUUGGAGGCAAAGUUGAUGAAGAAGGUACUGAUGCCUUGUGGAUAAUUAUAUCAUCUUUUAUAAUAUUUACCAUGCAAUCUGGUUUUGGUUUAUUUGAAUCAGGAAUGGUAUCAAGAAGAAGUGAAGCAAACGUGAUUGUAAAAAACAUGUUAGAUGUAACACUGGGCGGUUUAGCGUACUGGUUUAUCGGUUUUGGAUUUAGUUUUGGACCAAACACGAAGGACUCUGCUAAGAUGUCGGGCGAAGGUUAUUUCCUUACGGACGUCGAUUUGAACAAUGAAGCACACGUGUACACGCAGUAUUUUUUUCAACUUUCAUUUGCUACAACAGCAACGACUAUUGUUUCUGGCGCUGUAGCAGAAAGAAUUCACCUUACGUCAUAUAUUAUAUUUGCCAUCAUCAAUACUGGCCUCAUUUAUGUUUUCCCGGCACAUUGGAUGUGGAGUUCAGAUGGAUGGCUUGCAACAAACGGAGCGUACGACUUCGCUGGGUCUUCUGUAGUACACAUGUCCGGUGGUGCAGCAGCUUUAGUAGCUGCCAUAAUACUUGGUCCAAGACGCGGCAGGUUUGAUCAGAGCGAAGAAAAAAGGUCAUUUGGAAUGGCAAGUCCCACCAACGUUGUUUUAGGAACUUUUUUUCUAUGGUGGGGUUGGAUCGGUUUUAACUGUGGUUCGACAUUUGCAGUAACUGGAGGACUAUGGAAGGUAGCAAGUCGAGUUGCUGUAGUUACAAUGAAUGGGGCGAUUGCUGGAGGAUUUUCCGCUGUUCUGCUUUGUAUAAGUUUGUAUUGCAAACGGCAUUAUGUAUUGGACAUACCGCAAUUUGUAUCUGGUGUUUUAGGUGGAUUAGUUGCAAUUACCGCAUGUGCGUCGGUAAUAUCACCAUGGGAAUCUAUUGUUAUAGGUUUUAUUGGCGGAAUGAUAGCUAACGGAGUGAUAGCUCUUCUUAACGCACUUAAAGUCGAUGAUCCAGUGGGUUGUUUUGGUGUACAUUGGGCUUCUGGACUUUGGAGUAUGAUAUGCGUUGGGUUGUUUGCAAAAAAGACUAGUCCGUUCGACCUUGUCAUUGAAGAUGGUCUCUUUAAAGGUGGCUCUGGCAAGCUGUUGGCUUAUAACAUUGCUGGUGCCAUGGCAAUCUCUGUUUGGUCAGGCGGACUUACUGCAAUCGUGUUCUUCAUCUUGAAAUACACGAUUGGAAUUCGAAUGUCGUACGAACAAGAGCUGUUGGGCUCUGAUCAAGUCGAGCAUAAUAUUGUUGAAGAUACCAUACCUAAUGAAGGGAACCAUGUCCUAGGAAAACACGUAGCAGCAGCUGAUAUCAAGUAUCGUGGGAGUCGUACUAAAAAAGGUGAUACUAAUGACAACAUCGAAAUGAAAAUGGAGAACGCAGCCGUUUAGGAAUAAAACUCCGAUAAGAAGAAUUCAACCAGUCAGGAUAUUACAUAUUCUAUUUUAAUAUUGUCGUGAUUAUAUUAAGGUUUCUUUGCAUGUGAGAAGGGAAGAAAAGUAAAUACUUGCCAUAAAACAUUCGGUUUAUGGCAUGUUAUGUAACAAAACCUUUUUUAAAUAAAAUUUUGCCGACGAACAUCUUUUCUUAUUUUCCAUAAACUAUUUCCGUCAAGAUAACAAUCUUUUUUAUUAUACACGUUCUCAACAGCCUUGUAUUCUGAAAAGAAAAAAUAUGCAAUAUUUUUAUAAGCACUG